AUGCUCUGGAAGCCGGUCUUCAAUCUCGUGGCUCUGGUCUCGGCGCCCCUCGUCGGGGCCUUCGUCAUCCCGUAUGACCCGCAGGUUCUUUUAGCCAACCAUGAACAGCGCCUCCCAGAGUCCAGCCCUCUGGACCAGGGCGUUGACGCCUUCACGCGCCCCUCCUGGUUCACGUCUACCCUCCUAGCCCGUCGGCUGCUCGCUCUGUCGUCGUCGGGGGUGGUCUCAACCACCUUCCCGGACCCAGUUCCAUCCUCGGCUCAUGCUCCUUCAUCUGUCGCGGGGCUUCCCAUCGGACUACGCGAGUACACCGCCGACUGCAACUCCUUUCUCCCCGAGCACUUGUCCAACGACGACAAUGGCGACCCCACGAUCCUUGCUCUCCGUGUCGCAACGACUUUCAAGAAUAUCAAUGCGGGCUCGAAUCUGUCCUUAGAGCUGGACUGGUGGGAUCACAUUGACCAGGCCGGCCCCGUCUACCCUGGCCUCCCGCGCAGCCCAGCAGCUCUGCCGCGAGUCACCUUAUUCGGCUACCUCGAGGCUCUUCCCCCUCUCACCGACGAGGCUGCCACUCGGUUAGAGCAGUGUUUCCUCCAGGCCCACCCGGACGCCAAAGUAUGGCUUCCGGGCGCAUCGGGUUCGCCGCACUCCAGCUUCUGGGCCCGCUUGAUUGUCACCCACGCGUACUGGAUCGGCGGAUUUGGGGAUGUCCAGCAAAUCGGGUGGAUGAACGUGACGGAGUGGAAGGGAAUCCGGCGUGAGAGCAGCAUGGAUGGAGUGGGGGACGGCCGGGGCUGGACGCAUGCGUGA